AUGGUGCGGCGGGCAGAGCGCCGGUGUGUGGGCCGCCCCGAGGGUGCCGCACCCCAGACCUCACACCCGCGGACACAGGACAGGGGCCAAGGGGCCGAACAGCCGCAAGCUGCACACAGGCUAGGCCGCUCGGAGCUGGGCACCUGCCCCUGGGUCCGGGAUCCGAAGGCCUCCGCGGCAGCCAGGCCCGCAACCCUCCCGCAUCCCGCCUGCAUCCAGCAUCCCUCCCGCAUCCAGCACCCCACCCGCAUCCAGCAUCCCGCCGCAUCCAGCAUCCCUCCCGCAUCCAGCAUCCCUCUCGCAUCCCGCCCGCAUCCCGCCCGCAUCCCGCCCGCAUCCCUCCCGCACCCCUCCCGCAUCCCGCCCGCAUCCCGCCUGCAUCCCGCCCACAUCCAGCAUCCUGCCCACAUCCAGCAUUCCUCCCGCAUCCCGCAUCCAGCAUCCUGCCCACAUCCAGCAUUCCUCCCGCAUCCCGCCCGCAUCCAGCAUCCCGCCCGCACCCCUCCCGCAUCCCGCCCGCAUCCCUCCCGCAUCCAGCAUCCCGCCCGCACCCCUCCCGCAUCCCGCCCGCAUCCCUCCCGCAUCCAGCAUCCCGCCCGCAUCCCGCCCGCAUCCCUCCCGCAUCCAGCAUCCCGCCCGCACCCCUCCCGCAUCCCGCCCGCAUCCCUCCCGCAUCCAGCAUCCCGCCCGCAUCCCGCCCGCAUCCCUCCCGCACCCCUCCCGAACCCCUCCCGCAUCCCGCCAGCAUCCCGCCCGCAUCCCGCCCGCAUCCAGCAUCCCGCCCGCAUCCCGUCCGCAUCCCGCCUUCCCCGCAUCCCGCCAGCGCAUCCUCCUCGGUUGCCACGGCAACGGCUGCCGGCGCGCAGGCGCACUGGUGAGCAGAGGCGGCGCUGCGCAUGCGCACUGCCCUGUCGCUAG